UCGUUAUGUGGUGACUAGUAGACGGGUCGGGGUGGCAAGUGAAAACAUAACCUAGCAUCUCCUCCUUCCAGCCGCCGCCGCUCGCUUCUCCAGCCCUCGGCCAUGGCCAGGUGAAACUGCAUGUGGAGGCGCUCAAUCUGGAGCGAGGGAAGAGGAUCCCGGGCAUUACUCAUUUCUGCUUGAAGCUGCUGGGCGCGGUAUGGAAGCCGUCUUCUUUGGAGAUCUGGAGCCGAGCCUGCAAACAUUGCUCGCGCAAGGUGGGGGCUGCGUUGGUGAGGUCGAGGCCAUCGUGGGAUGCUCGUCGCAACCAAGCUGCCUUGCCGCCCAUACGGCGAUGGCCGUCAGGGAGGACAGCAGCAGCAGCCACGGGUCUGGUAAUUCUGUGGUCGGAGCGAAUGGGCAUGCUGGGGAUGCUGCGGACCAAACAGCUUGUGCGUCCCUCGCCGGUGCAAGUGAGGCGAGUGGAUGCGCCCUCGUCUCUGGGUGGAAGAGGAGAGACAAGUGUCCCAACUAAGGAGGAAGAUGCUAUACCAGAUCAAUGCUUCCAGGGCCAAUUCUGGGGAGGUCCCUGGUUACCUGGUUCACAACAACUGGUAGAUGCUGCACCAAUUGCUUGGUGUGGGUUUCUUAUUCUCUUAUUUAGUAGUUGACUAUUAGGACUAUCUGGAUAACGGGCCGGUGCGUGUUAACCUAGGAGU